GCUGACGCGCAUAUCGUCGUGUGCUUAUUCAUUUCCUUUCACUCUGUUAGGUUAACGUUUUUAUUAGUCACAAGAUAAUGUUGGGAAAAAUAAAAACAAAGCAAGAAAAAAGUGGAGAGCUUAUUGCGUAUAGUGAGGCAGCAGUUGUAAACAAUGCUGCAGUUGUAGAAUAUUGUAAAAUAUCAAUGGCAGCUUUAUCAGGUGGUACAGCUGGCUUGCUAGGAUUAACUGGGUUAUAUGGAUUUGGAUUUUAUAUCUUUGCAGUUUUCGGACUAUGGGCAAUGUUACUGAUGAAAGCUGGUGGUCAAUGGAAAAAGUAUUUUAUUAGCAGGCGGCAUUUAUUAACAAGCGGUUUCUUUGGAGGGCUUUGUACAUACGUAUUAUUCUGGACAUUUUUAUAUGGAAUGGUUCACGUUUAUUGAGAACGAUAGUGAUAAUUCAUAGCGCUUAUGAUAACGCAAUUAUAUAAAUACAUAAGUAUCAUAAAGUUGCAUAAUUAAAUAUAAGCCAGUCAUAAGAAUUGUUGUAUUUUUUUCACUCAAGUGUUUUAAAUAAAUAAGUAGAGUAAAUAAGGGAUAAAAUGUUCAUAUAUUGUAUAUUGAUAUGU